AUGAAAUCCACAAAUGAAACCAAAGUAUCAGAAUUUGUGUUUGUCGGGCUGUCGGAUGAACCUGAGGUCCAGAUCUUCCUGUUCCUGCUGUUCCUCUUCAUCUACCUGGCCACCUUGUCUGGGAAUCUAUUGAUUGUCUUCUUGACCUUCAUGGACCAUAGCCUCCACACCCCCAUGUACUUGUUCCUGAGUAAUCUGGCUGGAUUGGAUGUCUUAUAUUCUUCAGUCACGUCCCCUAGAAUGCUCUCAGAUUUCUUCUCUGAAUCCAAAAUCAUUUCUGUCCCAUCCUGCAUCACCCAGUUCUUUUUCUUCUUUUCCUUCAUAUGUAUUGAGCUCUACUUGUUGGCGGUGAUGUCCUACGAUAGGUAUAUAGCCAUCUGCUAUCCGCUGCAUUAUAUCCAGAUAAUCCACCCCAAGGUCUGUGUUCUGAUGGUCGCGGCUGCGUGGACUAUUGGGUUCCUCACAUCACUAAUACACACAUUGUGCAUCAAGAUACUGAACUUCUGUGGACCCAACGUCAUCAAUAGCUUCUUCUGUGACCUCCCCCAGUUAUUUCUGCUCUCAUGUACAGAUACUUUCAUCAAUGUGUUAGUGAUGUUCCUGGUGGGUAUAAUAAUGGGGUCUGGCGCCUUCAGUAUGACCUUGGUCCCAUACAUUCGGAUCAUUCGCACAAUAAUGGGAAUUAAUUCCCGAAAUGGAAAGCUUAAAGCUUUCUCCACAUGUACGUCCCAUCUGACUGUGGUCUUCAUCUUCUAUGGGACUCUUAUAUCUACUUAUCUUCGCCCAAGUCCGACCUCCAAUUCCUCCAAAGACCGGAUGAUAUCUGUCAUGUACACGGUGGUGACGCCAUUGAUUAAUCCUUUGAUUUACAGUCUCAGGAGCAAAGACCUGAAGGCUUCACUGAGAAGAGCGCUCCAUAGUGGUGGCAGGAAGUAA